GUUAUAACGUGUUUUCCUAGACAGUCUCGAACCAAGGACUUCAGUGCAGCCAGUUCCGGCUCCUCCCUCAUACAAGGAUGAUAUAAUAAAGCUACAGCUCCAUGCUGCAACAGAAAACACGUGCUAUAUUUGAGAAAAGACCACCUCCCCGCCCAAACCCCAAGUCGCUUACAACACAUACACAUUUUGCUCAUGUCUUCUGAUCUACAUACUCCUACUGGACACAAUUUGACACAAUCUGAUGUAAAUGUGUCUGGUGUGGCUGAUGCAAGCCGGGAGAAUGGCUCUCUUUGACAAUCUGACAGACGAAAUCCCUGGAGUUGCUGAUACAAGUCUGGAGAAGUGUCAGUUAUUUGUGGAGAGCAAACCUGUAGUCGAAAAACACUGAACAUCUUCCUACAACACAAAAUGGCAGCAGUGACAGGAUCGCGUGUUUCUCGGCGUAUUUUAACAAGUUUUUCUGCUGAUCUUUCAUGGAUACUGUCAGCUACUGGUGUGAAAAGUCCAAAUGUUGUUUCUGUAUCCAGACUGAUGUCCAGUCAGGGGAGAGAACGGAAAACUACACAGUUAAAGAAAAUGCUCACUUCCCCUGAUCUAGAAUAUAUCAUGGAAGCACAUAAUGGUCUAAGUGCGAGGAUCGUUGAGGAGGCAGGGUUCAAGGGGGUAUGGGGCAGUGGCCUGUCCAUCUCGGCGCAAUUGGGAGUCCGAGACAGCAACGAGGCCUCAUGGACACAGGUGUUAGAAGUUCUAGAUUUUAUGAGCGACGCUACCACAGUCCCUAUACUUCUUGACGCUGACACUGGCUACGGAAAUUUCAACAACGCACGACGUCUCGUGCGCAAGUUAGAGGACCGUGGUGUGGCUGGAGCUUGCUUGGAAGACAAGUUAUUUCCCAAGACAAAUUCUCUACAUGACGGAAGAGCACAACCACUAGCUGAUAUAGAGGAAUUUUCCCUUAAAAUUAAGGCCUGUAAAGACAGCCAGCGUGACCCAGAUUUCUGUAUUGUUGCUCGUGUCGAGGCCUUUAUAGCAGGCUGGGGCCUUGAUGAAGCAUUAAAAAGAGCGGAGGCUUACAGAAACGCUGGUGCUGAUGCCAUUUUGAUGCAUAGUAAGAAAAGUGAUCCGUCCGAUAUAGAGGCCUUUAUGAAAGCCUGGAAUAAUCAGGGACCUGUAGUUAUAGUGCCUACCAAGUAUUACACCACGCCCACACAGUAUUUCCGAGAUAUGGGCGUGUCUUUGAUUAUUUGGGCCAAUCAUAAUCUCCGAUCUUCAAUUAAAGCUAUGCAGGAGACUACUGCUCGUAUCUACAAAGAUUCCUCACUUACUGGUGUUGAGCCAAACAUUGUGCCGGUGAAAGAAGUAUUUAGGCUACAGCAUGACCAUGAACUGGUAGAAGCGGAAGAAAAAUAUUUACCAAAGUAAUGAAAACAUAACCUUUAAGUUAUAGAGAUAUAAACAUCGGACAUCCCUGUUUAUAGUUAUCAGUGGCUGUAAAAACUGAAUCGGAUAGAGUAUCUCUUUUUAUUUUUCUCUUUACAUGAAAAUGUUCGCGAGUAUGAAAUGUAAAAACAGACGACUUUAGGUAUAUUCUGUUAAUGAGUAUUUUAUACAUUCUGUUAAAUAUUUUAAUAUCUGAAUUUUUACUUUGCAUAGGUUUUUUGAACGUGAUUGUUAAAUCUGACAUAUAUCUAUGUUCGUGCAGGUAUGAAAUCUUGGCCUCUUUUUACACGAGGGUUUUUAUACUGAUACAGUCCCUGUUUCAUGUUUACAUAUAAUUGCAGUUCACAAGCAGGCAGUACAAUCUCCACAUACAACCUAUGUGUCUGAUCUCAACAUAUAAUCCCUCACUACAAUUUCACAUAAUCUGUACAUCUAAUGUCAACAUACAGUCCCUCAAUAAAAUCUCACAUAAUCUGUACAUCUAAUCUCAACAUACAGCCCCGCAAUACAAUUUCACAUAAUCUGUACAUCUAAUCUCAACAUACAACCCCUCAAUACAAUUUCACAUAAUCUGUACAUCUAAUCUCAACAUACGAUCCCGUAAUACAAUUUCCACAUAAUCUGUAUAUCUCAACAUACGAUCCCGCAAUACAAUUUCACAUAAUCUGUACAUCUAAUCUACCAGUGCCACUCUAUGUAGAUAUCUCAUCACUUACAAGAUCUAAAUACAAUCUUCAUACAUAAUCUCUGAACAUUAUCCCCGUCACUCCAUACUCGUAAAUGCUUCACUUAUGAGGUUUCAGUAAUCUUCUCAAUCAAUACCGUACAACUCAGUUUACAGGUACCAUAUACAAGCUCUUAAUACAAACUCUGCUUCUGGUUUCCUGAUACAAGCACUCCAUAAAAUCGACACUUACAAAAUGUCUAUACAAUCUAUAUAUAUAUCUCCACACAGUGUUUUUGAAGCUUAUAAAACUCUGUAAUUUCCAGUCACCUUGAAUUUGUCAGUGCUGUCAUGACUUACAAUCUAAACAUGUGUAGAUAAACUUUAUUUAAGUUGGCAACAGGUCAAACUGUAUAAAUUAACCGAUCAUACAGUCAUCACUUUCAAUCGCCGUAAUGUGUGCAGUCACUAUAUACAGUCACUUCUUACAGUGCAACAUCACAACUUAAAAUCCCUCCAUAACAAUCGGCUCUUACAGUGUAUCUGUACUCCCCUUUACAAUCUUCCCAUAUCUAUACUUACAGUAGGUGCGUACAGUCUCCAUAUCUUGUUCCUGUUUUUUUUGUGGAAUAAAAAUGACUGUACACUUUUACACUGUUAUAAAGGUUAUAUUUAAAUAUACAUAGAGGCAUAAUAUAUCAGGGCCUAUAACUGCUGUAUCUGAAUUUUUAGCUCGACUAUACGAAGUAUAAGGAGAGCUAUCCUACUCGCCCUGGCGUCGGCGUCAGCGUCGGCGUCUUUCCGCGUCCCCACCUUGGUUAAAGUUUUGGUGCACUUUCUCUUUUUUCAACUUAUCUCUGUAAUUACUUGAUGGAUUUGAUUCAAACUUGAAAUACUUAUUCCUCAUCAUCAUCCACAUCAUCUGACACAAGGGCCAUAACUCUGGCACCAGUAUUUCAUGAAUUAUCCCCCCUUUUCACUUAGAUUUUCAGGUUGAAGUUUUGAUGCACUUUCACUCUAUCUCUGUUAUUACUGAAUGGAUUUGAUUCAAACUUAAAAUAGUUGUUCAACAUCAUCACCCACAUCAUAUGUCACAAGGUGCUUAACUCUGGCACAAUUUUUUCAUGAAUUAUUCCCCCUUUUUACUUAGAAAAGCAGGUUAAAGUUUUGGUGCACUUUCACUCUACCUCUGUUAUUACUGAAUGGAUUUGAUUCAAACUUAAAAUAAUUGUUCAGCAUCAUCACCCACAUCAUAUGACACAAGAUGCAUAACUCUGGCACAAUUUUUCAUGAAUUAUUCCCCUUUUUACUUAGAAUUUCAGGUUAAAGUUUUAUGGACUUUCACUCUAUCUCUGUUAUAACUGAAUGGAUCUGAUUCAAACUUAAAUAAUUGUUCAGCAUCAUUACCCUUAUCAUAUAACACAAGGUGCAUAACUCUGGGACCAAUUUUUCACGAAUUAUUUCCCCUUUUUACUUAGAAUUUUAGGUUAAAGUUUUGAUGCACUUUCACUCUGUCUCUGUUAUUACUGAAUGGAUUUGAUUCAAACUUAAAAUAGUUGUUCAACAUCAUCACCCACACUAUAUGACACUAGCUGCAUAACUCUGGCACCAAUAUUUAAUGAAUUAUGCCCCUUUUUGCUUAGGAUAUACUUAUAUAGUGUUUUGAUACAUUUUAUCUUUACCUCUCUUAUUACUUUAAGUUGAUAUUUUUGACAUAGACUCAGGCUAUUUUGCAAUGUCUUCAUUCACAAUUGGAGUCAUUAAACACUCCAGUGACAGCUCUAGUUUCCUCAGAUGUGCACAGUUUCACUAUCCAGCAUCAAAAUAGUCGAGUGCGCUGUCUCCUGUGACAGCUCUUGUUUAAGGACUGAGCGCGAAACUAUUGUAUCUUGAUCUUUAUUUAUAUACAAUUGCAAUAGUUCCACGGCCAGCCCUUGUUGGUUGUAUUCUAUAAUCUUGUACCACAAUAGUAUGUAAAUGUGCAAAUGAACUGUGCCUAUAAUUAUAGUAUAUGUAAAUGUGCAAAUGACUGCUUGUUUUAAGGUAUGAAAUUUUACAUUCGUUGCGCAUCAUGUAUCUUUGAACUUGGACAUUUAUCCGGUGACGAACAUACACUGUCGGUCUAUCCAUACUUAAAAAACUGUAUAUUAGUGGAUGUUCUCACACAUUCAAAUUAAUUGUGUGUUCAACUCACAUAUGUGUGUUUUACAUAAAAAAUAUAUGUUCACUCUUGUGUUACAACGCUUUAUGUUUUUAGUGUUUACUACUUUUAUCCGAAGAUUACCUACAUUUACUCAUUUUAUUGACUUAUUUUAUCUCAUAUUGAUCUAUAUUUUUCUGUAUAUUUUUGUUAAGGUAUUGGUUUGGUGUUAUAAAAUGUUUCAGUGGAAAUUAAUUUAUUUAAGAAAUGAA